AUGGGGGAGAAGAGAUUCUUGUUAAGACUGUUCAUAUCGGUGAAGCACAUAACGGCAAACGUCAUGGACGAGAGCAACGGUAGAAUAGUGGCGACGGCAUCGACGGUGGAGCACGCGAUCAAGGACGCUUUUGACCCCAGGGCGUCGGCUUCGGCGAUCGGAGAGGUGCUGGCGAUGCGGCUGAAGGCGGAAGGGCUAGGAAGUGGGGCCCGCAUCGACGCUGCGAAGGAGAUCGAGAAUAAGGAGCUCCACACCUGUCCCAAGGCACGGGCCAUCGUUAACGCCAUGAGGAGCCGGGGGCUCCACAUUGUUCUUCCCCAUCACGAUGGCUCCUCGCCUUAG